UUUUAGGUUCUGUUUUAGAUAUAUUAAAAAUAUUUUAGAAACGGCCAAACUGCAUUCCUUCCCUCUUAUAAAAUGAACUAUUCUAAAGUGUAGAAUCAUGGAAUAGUUCAUAGUACUCAUGCUUAUCCUCAGUGAGUGCGCUACUGUACUGUAUAUUAUUUUAAAAAAAGGCGCGAAACAUAAAUUCACAACUGCCCGAGGGCUUAUUUACAAAUUUAAAUAUUGUAAAAGCAUACUAUAAAUAGUUAAUUAGUGCAAAUAAAUGUUCUAUUUCAUUAUUACGAUGAUCAACUAUGAAGAUUUUGUUAAUUUUAGUCAAAAAGUGGCAUCCCUGUAUACAAUAUUCAAUUUUUCCACUAUAACCAAUUAGAUGCCAGGUACGUGUCAAGCUGAAAUGUAAGUUAUCAUUUUGAAAAUGUGAUAUUAGUUAAGAGCGAACAAGAGUGUUUUCUGCUAAAAAUGAAUAUAUUCAGAGUAUUUGUAUUAUUUUUAUGUUAUUCUGCAACGCGAGCCCAAACUUUUGCAGCAGAUAACAAAAUUGAUUCAAAAGAAUUGCGAUGUUUAGUCUGUGAAAAAAGUCUUCAAGAAAUUACAAAUGAAGUCAAGAAAUUUGAUCCCAAUAAAAAAGUCGAUGUUGGUGGGUACAGGUUGGAUAUUGAUGGUAAUUAUAAACAUAAAGCUGUUCCUCAAGCUAAAUCCGAGUUAGCCUUAUCUGAACUGAUCGAAGGCAUCUGUGAUAAAAUGGAUAACUAUAUUAGAGCAAAAUGGAAAGAAAAUGGAACACUCACUUUAUUGAGUAUGGUUUCUGAGGAUGGCAUGAUGAAUCCAGAUUGGUCUAACGUCGAUAUAAUUCAGGAUGAUGAUUUAAAUAAAAGCCUUAAAUAUUAUUGUGAAGGAAUCAUGGAAGAGCAUGAGGAAGAUAUCAUAAAGCUAUAUCAAGAGGAACAAUCUGAUGUGACAAAAGCCUUCUGUUUUAAACAGUCGAAAUUGUGUCCUCCACCUACUAGAAGAGAAGAAUUGUGA